AAAAAAAACGAAGAGAUGAUUUUACUUGAAUAAGACUAAUCAUUUAUUUAAGAAGGAAUGAUGUUUUCUAGAUUAGCCAAAGAAUAUAUCGCCGGGAAUGAAAUUUGUUCUGGUUGCUAUCAGGAUGUAGAAACUAAUAAUAAUAACGUUCAAUGUCAAAGAAGAGAAAGUUUUUCUCUACAAGAGUUAAAUAUCAAUGAUAAACAAGAGGAAAAUUUGUGGCAAUCUAUUAUCGACGAGUACGAGAAAAAACAAUCACAGUACACCGAAUGGAAAAAAGAAAAGGAACGUUCGUCGAUCGUAAUACCUUAUCAAGAUGGACUAUCUAACUAUUUGAAUAGAAAAAUAUUUCCUUUAUUAUUACCAGCGAUGGAAAAUAUGCUAGUCGAAGCUCGUCGAUGGGACGCUCUUCGAAUACAAAAGUGUCGAUUUAAUGGUCUUGAUUAUUUGGCUGAAAUUUUGUGGAAUCUUAAUCCAAAAUAUCCAAAACGUGCACUUAAAUGGCACACGGUAUUCGAGAUACCGCAAUUUAAGUUAUUAUUACGUUUACAUCCGAGACCCAUCUUUCCAUUGUCCUGGCUCUUAACCAAGGAUGAAGCAGCUUUGUAUAUACAAAAAUAUGUCCGUGGCUGGUUAGUUAGAAAGUGCGAUAAUGUACAAGAAAUGAGACAAUUUUGGAAGGCUCUUGCAGAGGAGAAAGCAGAUAUUACUAAGAAUUUCAUGGACGAAGAUUUAGAAAUAGAACUAUAA